UUCCAGCCCUGGCUCUACAACCGAAUCACACCAUUCGGGCCAGUCAUCGAGCGGAAAUCCCCGAACGCGUUUAUUGGCCGUUCACCAGCAGAAAUAAUAAUUAACGGAGAUGCUGCUGAUCUUCCUUGGAUGACAACUUUGGUCAGCGAAGAAGGACUUUACCCUGCAGCAGAGUUUGCUGGAGAUGAAGAACUGAUGAAGGAGCUCGACAGUAACUGGGACAGGAUCAUUCCUCAUCUUCUAGAAUUCAAUUUCACUGUUCCAGCAUCUGAGCACCAAGAAAUGGCUCAGAAGAUCCGGGAUUAUUAUCUGGGCAGCAGGAAAGUCCACAAAAAGAGUAUUAUGUCGGUGAUUCAUAUGGUUGGUGAUCGGUUGCAUGCAGUAGACGCCGAAAAAGCUGCAAGGAUAAUGGCUGAGGCUAACAAAAGCCUAGUUUGGUUUUCUCUCUUCUCCUUCCGCAAGCCUGACAGUUUGUCUGAUUUAUUUAUUCCUUCCAAACCUAACUUGGGUGUCAGUCAUGCUGAUGAUCUCCGUUUGGUGCUGAAUGAUGUUAGGCAGUCGGAGAUUACUGAUGGAAAAUCUCUUGCCAUGCAGCAGGUCUUGCUGGACAUUUGGAUCUCUUUUGCUACUAACGGAAUCCCCAAGGCGAACACUCGAUGGACAACAGUCGAUCCAACCUCUAAGUCGCUUAAUUACCUCCAUAUUUACGGGCCGACCGACAUUCAAAUGGAGACGCAGUCGAACUUUGGUCAGAAAUUAUUUUGGGAGACUAUUAAUUUUAAUGAAAAUUUAAUAAUUUAAUUAAGUAAU